CCGAUAUGGGGAAAAAAAACCAAAGGAUGAAAAAGAAAAAAAGAAGGAUUCAACCUGCAUCUGAUCAGACAGAAAGUCUCGUCUCUGUGCCUCAAGAGAUAACAACAGAGGUGGUAGCACUCAAAGCUGGAGACAGCAAACCUGAGGCACAGAAACUUUUACAUGAUCAGACAGAAAGUCACGUCUCUGCCCCUCAAGAGAUAACAACAGAGGUGGUAGCACUCAAAGCUGGAGACAGCAAACCUGAGGCACAGAAACUUUUACAUGAUCAGACAGAAAGUCACGUCUCUGCCCCUCAAGAGAUAACAACAGAGGUGGUAGCACUCAAAGCUGGAGACAGCAAACCUGAGGCACAGAAACUUUUACCUGAUCAGACAGAAAGUCACGUCUCUGCCCCUCAAGAGAUAACAACAGAGGUGGUAGCACUCAAAGCUGGAGACAGCAAACCUGAGGCACAGAAACUUUUACAUGAUCAGACAGAAAGUCACGUCUCUGCCCUUCAAGAGAUAACAGAGCAUAAAAAUCCUCAUGUUUAUCCUCUGGGAGAUUCAGAUACUGUUGUCACUGACAUAGAUUCCCAUGCGGACUCUGAAAUUGACAACAUCCCAAAACUGAAAAGGACAAAAAGCAUUAUUAUGGAUGUAAUACCAGAUUUCACAAAAGCCCUCUUUGAUUCGAGUGAAGACAGCGCAUCAGCAAUCCCAGGUCCAUCAACCUCCCUUUCUUACAGACCAAGGAGAAAACCUUACAAACAUACCAGAGCAAUUGAUUUAUCAUCAGAUGAAUCAAGUGGAGCUAGUGACCAAGAAUAUAUUCCAAAUCCAAGGGAGGAAAGCACAGACAGUGAUGCUAGCAUGGAAUCUGAAAGUAAAAGAAAGAAGGAAAUCAGACAAACGCAUAGCAAGAGGCCUUUCAAGAAGACCCAGCAAAAGGGUAGAAAGAGAAAAUGCCUCAAAGGUAAUCUGGAAAGUACACAAAAGCCCACAGAUGGCAGACAGGAUGCAAGUACAGAUAGUGACAAAGAAUUUACGAGUCCCAGGGAGCAAAGCACAGACAGUGAUGCUAGAAUGGAAAACAAAAGUAAUAGAAAAAAGAAAGCAAUUAAACGAACGUAUAGCAAGAGGACAAACGUUGAAGCUAAUCUUGAAGGUACACAAAAACCAACAUCUGACAGACAGAAUGCAAGUGAACAUGUAACGUCAACUCUUGAAGAACAGCCAUCAAUCUUUGUUAAUCCGGUUUUAAAAAAGCAGGAUGGCUCAAGAAGUUACAACAAGAAACAUUACUGCUUUUACUGUGGACAGCUAGUUCAAAAGAUGUCAAGGCAUUUGAUCCGUAGGCAUAAUGACAAAAUUGAUGUGAUAAAAGCCACAAGCUUUCCAAAAAACUCAAAAGAAAGACGUAUACAGCUAGAUUAUAUUAGGAAUAAAGGUAACUUUCAACAUAACAAAGAGGUUAUGGAAAUAAGUCAAGGCAAACUCAUUCCCUGGAAACAACCAAAAAAUAAAGCUAAAGGAGAAGAAUUUGCUCAUUGUGUCUACUGCUAUGGGCUUUUUACAAAACGUGUGAUGUGGCGUCAUUUUCAGGUCUGCAACUUUAAGCCAAAGGAAAACUCUUCAAAACCAGGUAAAACAAGAGUCCAAGCUUUGUGUGCAUUUGCAGAGCCUGCUCCACCUGGUUUCCCUGAUGCUUAUUGGAAAUUCCUAAGUGAAAUGAAUCAGGACAGUGUAGCUGUUGCAGUAAAGAAAGAUCACUACCUCCUAUUGUAUGGUAACAGAUUGUUUCAUAAGAACAAGAAAGUAAUUUCUCAACAUCAGUACAUAAGACAAAAGCUCAGAGAGCUUGGAAGAUUUCUACUGGAAUCAAAUAAAGUUUCACCUGUCAAGACCAUCAAGGACCUCAUCAAACCAGAGAAAUACAGUCAAGUUGUGACUGCUGCCAGAUCCCUGGCAGGAUUUAAUGAAGAAACAGGCCAAUAUCAUCACCCGUCACUUGCACGAAAAGUCGGACACAGCUUACAUUCUUUUGCUAUGUUUGUAAAGUCUGAAGGACUAAAAUCUCGGGACAAACAAGCUGUACAGGAUGCUGAGCAAUUUGCACAGCUGUACCAAGAAAGUUGGCGGUUUGAUAUCGCAAGUCAGGCACUAACCCAACUUGAUCAGGCUAAAUGGAAUUCUCCUCAACUCUUACCAUUCACAGAGGAUGUUCAGCAACUUCACUGCUAUUUAUCAGAAAAACAGCAACACCAGUUGAGUGCCCUGAAUCAAGAGUCUUCUCCUAUAAACUGGAAAGACCUGGCAAAAGUGACACUAGCACAAAUUAUUCUCUUCAAUCGCCGGAGAUCAGGAGAGGUAUCCAGGAUGCCUUUGUCAGCAUACUUAUCAAAGGACUUGUCAGACAACUGCAAAGAUACCAAUUUGGCUCUUACCACACUUGAGCAAAAACUUUGCAAACAUUUUGUGAGAAUCACAAUUGCAGGAAAGAGGGGAAGGAAAGUUGCUGUUCUUUUGACACCACUUAUGAGAGAGUCCCUUGAUGUGCUAACCAAGAAGAGAGAAGAUUGCGGUGUGCUGAGUGAAAAUGGGUAUUUGUUUGCUUUGCCGCAUUCUUUUCAUUACCUCAGAGGGUCAGAUUGCAUACGACAGUUCGUGAAUGAAUGCAGUGGGCUAAAAAAUCCCACAGCACUUACCUCAACAAAGCUCCGGAAACACAUUGCUACGAUGUCCACAGUUUUAAAUCUUAAGACCACAGAACUAGACCAGCUGGCAGACUUCCUCGGUCAUAACAUCGAAGUCCACCGAAAGCACUACCGUCUUCCAGAGGGCACCCUUCAACUGGCAAAAAUAAGCAAGGUUCUUUUGGCGCUGGAGCAGGGACGCCUUGGAGAAUAUAAAGGGAAGAGUUUGGAUGAAAUUCAUCUUGAUGUGAACGAAAUAAUUGAAUUGGAUGGAACACCACAACAGGAAAUGGAAGAUCAAGAAAUUGAUCCUAUGGAAAUUCAGGUGCCUGAAGAUGUGAAUAUACCAGAAUGUACUUCCACAAAAGAAGGGAGCAACCACACCAACCAGGCAAGGCCAUUUGGAAAAAAAGAAAGACAAACAACAGUGAAAAGACCUUGGACAACAGAGGAGUGUGCUGCUGUGGAAAAGCACCUGAAGAAGUACAUAGUCCUAAACCAGGUUCCAGGAAAGCUAGACUGUGAACUCUGCAUUUCUGCAGAACCGGAAUCUCUGAAAAACAGAGACUGGAAAGCAGUAAAAUAUUAUGUAAAAAAUCGGAUUACUUCAGUGAAAAGAAAAUGUAGGUAAAUUAAUGAUGAAAGAUUUCCUGAAAGAAAAAAAGGUAAAAUUUUAGUUUUUUUCCCAGCUACUUCUGCUUUUUAUGCCAGCAUCUCAAAACUUUCUCAGCAUUUUUUUUAUUCAGUUUUUACACAGGAAGUGGCAGCUCAUAAUAUUGUUUAGUUUCAAGUUUUUUAUUCCAACUUGCUGGGAUUUUGUUAUAUUUCUUUAGCAUUUAACUGAACAGGUUUUGAUCCUCAUUUGAAAAAAAUAUACUUUCAGACAAAUCUUAUUUUUAUUUUAGAAAAAAAGCUUCAAAUUUCAAAAGCUGUUUAAUGUUGUUGAGGUUUUGCAACAUUUGGUAUUGCUGUUUAUCUUAGACUGACAAUGUUUAGUUAAAUUGUUACUGAAGAUUUACACAUUUCUGAAUUCUGUUUUUCCUUUGUAAUAAGUCCAUUUUAUAUAGAUGGAGUUUUGUCACUAAACGGGUCAAUUUUACAACUUGUUUUAAUGCACUUCUUAAUCUGGGCCCAUUAAAAAAAAGUUUUAUUAAAGUUUGUUUUUGCACUUAUUCCAAUUGUUUGAGUACACAUAAGGCUGCAAGCAACUGGAGAGUGAGAAAAAUGCAUUUUAUGUGUUUCUAACAGUUUGCCUUUACAGCUGGUCUGAAAGAAACUACAGUAAACCCUUGUUUUUCGCGGGGGUUGCGUUCCAAAAAGAACCCGUGAUAGGCAAAAUCCGUGAAGUAGAAACCUCUAUUUUUU